AUGAAUUCACGUCCAAUGCUCGUUUCCGCGGGCAUGGAUGCUACUAUAAGGUUCUGGGAUGUUGUCACAAGGAAGCCUUUAGAGGUAUUGACCCAUAAGGAAUCGCAAGUGAACUGCUUGGCGAUUUCUCCGGAUUCUACACAAUUGGCUGCAGCUGGCUGGGAAAAGGUGCGGAUAUAUGACACAUGCAGCCCGACCACUCAGAAUAUGCAUACAUUCCAAGUUCAUGAGAAGAAUGUUACCACUUUGGGCUUUCAGGCUGAGGGAUAUUGGAUGUUUACGGGCGGUGAAGACGGCAUGGCCAAGAUUUGGGACAUGAGAGCUAAUCAUUUAACUUGUCAGAGGAUAUUCCAGGUAUUUUUUUUCCUUUUCCGAUUUUAGGUAAUAUUUUUUGAAAUGAGUCAUUAACUUCGUUCUGAAUAGCCUGGGAUAUCUUUUAGGUCAAUACGGCUGUUCACUGUGUUGCAUUGCAUCCCAACCAGAUUGAAUUGAUAGUAGCAGAUUCCACUGGAGCUCUUUAUUUGUGGGAUCUGAGGUCUGAUCGAGAUGAUUCCCUCGUUACGGAAGUCGAUUUGAGCGAAUACGUGGUUCAUGUAGAACUGGACCAGACGGGGCGUCAAUGUGCAGCCGUGACUAAUCGGGGACACCUUUUUAUGUGGAAUAUUCAUAGUGGGACUCUGGCGCAGACUCAGAAGUCGUCCGUCGGUAAGUUUCAUCCGUUUUAUUAACUUCUUUCACGAUUAGACAAUUCCGAGAAGCCGAUGAGCUUCAAUGUUCCCGAGUCCCAAGGUUUGAUGGAGAUGGCGCCUCUUGGGCCAGCGCCUCCUCCAUUACCGCUGGAAGAAGUAUAUAAUGCUCCGUUUGGAGUUUCUGCAGCCAGUCCUGAUGCCCUAUACACACUUAUGAGUAAUAUUCGUCCGUCGGCCAAAGUCGCUGCACAUGAGACCUUUACUUUGAAGUGUCAUUUCACACCGGAUGGGCUCAGUGUUGCCACGACAGCUGCGGAUUACACUGCCAAGAUUUGGAGUGCCACUGACUUUAAAUUAAGAAGGGAAUUCAGAAUGCCUACGGAUAAAUGGGUCUGGGAGUGUGCAUUCACGAAUGACAGUAAAUACAUGUUCACGGCAUCUUCCGAUGGUUUCAUGAGGAUGUGGGAUGUAGAAGGAGGCAAAGAAAUGGGCACUUAUCAGGGCCACACGAUGGCUGUUACUGCGAUGGCUUUCAAAGAUGUUAAUUAUUAUUAG